AUGGAUACACUCACCUCAACGCUCUCAGUUCAGUACCGCAGACUUCUCGAUGCCAUUAAGGCACGCCCACGUCAGGCAGUUUCUACAGCCACAGCCGUAGCGCUGACCUUCUCCCUCGCUUGGGUCCUCAAUGACUUCUACGCCUGGAAAUCCUUCGGCACAGGGGGUACACCUCCCACUUGGGCGGGCUACUGGCGUAUGACCAAGAUCCGGAUCAAUCGCCUGCUCUUGUUCGGCAAGGACGACCUCUCCGACCCUUCACCACUCUCAUCAGCCGGGCCCAAGUACCUCGAUGCCAAUGCCAUCCCCGUCCGCGAAGGAUCCAGACCAGCAAUCAUGGCUCGCACCAUGCCUCAACGUCAAGUUCCCUACAAACGCGGCGGAGUGGAACCGGGCGUUGAGGAGCGCGUGAAAUCUAUGAUGGCUACCUUUGCUGCUAAACAUCCCUCGUUACUGGAACUCCGACCUAGCAAGACUGAAGGUGGAAGCACUGAUGCAAUCUACGCGAAACCCGCACUAGAGACGCUCAACGAUCGAGCAAAGAACAACAAGAUGCUUGGCACGGAGAUCGCGCACGCUCAUCCAUCUGAUGGGAGUCUGCACGUGUGGCUGUCCGAGGCCGACGCAAGGACUGUGGUUGAGAAGGGAUGGGGAAUGCGAUUCCCCCUGAAGUUUAUUGAUAAGGGCUGGGCAAUGGUUUAUGCUCCGCGAACAAUGGCCGAGGUGGAUAUUGUGGAGAAGAUCGUGAAGGCAGGAAUCGCUUGGAUUGCUGGUGUUGAAGUCUGA